AUGUCUACAGUCUACGUCAAGAACAUCGGUGCCAAGACCGAGGAUAAGGACAUCCGUGCCUUCUUCAGCUUCUGCGGCAAGAUCAGCUCCCUCGAAGUCACCACCGAAGGCGAGACCAAGUCCGCCUCCGUGACCUUCGAGAAGGAGACUGCUGCCCGCACUGCUCUUCUCCUCGACCACACCAAGCUCGGCGAGCAGGAGCUCUCGGUCACCUCUGCUUCCGGAGAGCACGCUGAUUCCGGCGAUGACGUCCACCACAAGUCCGACGCCGACCGCGACACCGACGAGAUCACACAGGAGGAGAAGCCCCGCUCGCGCGUCCUUGCCGAGUACCUGGCCAACGGCUACCUCGUUGCCGACAGCGGCCUGAAGACUGCCAUCGCCCUCGAUGAGAAGCACGGCGUUUCUCAGCGCUUCCUGUCGACGAUCCAGAACCUCGACCAGAAGUACCACGCUACCGACCGGGCCAAGACGGCCGACCAGAGCUACGGCAUCACUGCGCGGGCUAACUCCCUGUUCAGCGGUCUCUCAUCGUAUUUUGAGAAGGCCCUGGAGGCUCCCGGCGCCAAGAAGAUUGUCGAAUUCUACAACACCGGCGCCAAGCAGGUGCAGGACAUCCACAACGAGGCCAGGCGCCUGGCUGAGCUGAAGAAGGAGGAGGCCGGCGGCAGCUCAUACAAGGCUGCUGGUCUCGACAAGGUCUUCGGUGCCGAGAAGGCCGGUCAGGAGGGCAAGCCCAACGACCAGGUGCCCGGCGGUGCCCCUUCUGAUGCCGUUGCGACCGAGUCUAACCAGCAACCUAUUGCUCAUGGAGCGUACCCUGGAACUGCCGAGAAGAUUCCCCAGUAA